AUGGCCAAAUCAGUAACAACAGCCAUCUUCUGGUUCCGCAACGACCUACGCCUACACGACAACGUCCCCCUCGUCGCAUCACUAACCGACCAAACAUCAACCCACCUACUCCCCAUCUACAUAUUCGACCCCCGCUAUAUUGACCUGACACGGAUAAUCCCAUCAUUCACCUCACCAAAAACCCGCCACUACAGUAUUCCACGCACAUCCUACCACCGAUUAAAAUUCCUCAUCGAAUCUAUCGACGAUCUCAAAUCGUCCCUCCUAAAGCACAACAGCAGCUUAAUCAUCCGGUAUGGCAGGCCAGAGGAUGUGAUUCCGGCACUUGUGAGAGGGCUGCAGGGUGAUGGUGUCAAGGUGUCGGGUGUGUAUUGUAUGAAGGAGGUGUGUAGUGAGGAGCGUGAUAUAGAGAGACGUGUGGCUGAGAGGGUUAGCGUGCCGCUUGUGAGUAGGCAUGGAGGUUCGAUGGUCGCGAUGGAGGAUUUGCCGUUUGGGGUGCAGGAUUUGUCGGAUGUUUAUACUGUGUUCCGCAAACGCGUCGAAUCCCUCCCACAAAUGGUGCGCCCAUGUAUACCCCUCCCACACUUCAAACCGCUCCCACCAGCAUCCCCACACCUCACAUCCUCGCCCCACCCAUCAAAAAACCUCACAUCAACUCUCCUCCCCGUCAUACACCCAACUCCACCACCAGUCCCACCACAUACAUCCCAUCCCUUCGUCGGCGGCGAAACAUCUGCGUUAUCCCGUCUAAACAACUACCUCUUUGAAACACACGCCGUAUCCACAUACAAGCAAACCCGUAAUGGCCUCAUGGGCGACGCAUACAGCACGAAAUUCUCGUCCUUCCUCGCACACGGGAAUAUAAGUCCACGCAAGAUAUACGAGGAGCUGAAACGGUAUGAAGCGGUGUAUGGAGAAUGUGAGGGAGCGUAUUGGGUUGUGUUUGAGUUACUAUGGCGCGACUACUUCCGCCUCAUCUCGCUAAAAUACACUACCGUGCUCUUCCACCCGUACUCGCUACGCGGCACGCCACCGCCCAAUGCAACGACAUGGUCGAAAUCAGCAACAUCGCCGCAUGCGGUAGCGUUCAUGGAGGGACGUACAGGUGUGCCGUUUGUGGAUGCGGGUGUGCGUGAGAUGCUGCAAACUGGAUACACAUCAAACCGCACACGCCAAAACCUCGCGUCCUUCCUCACGAAAGAUCUCUUCAUCGACUGGCGUCUCGGCGCCGAGUUCUUUGAAUCGUGGCUCGUUGACUAUGACUGUAGCUCGAACUACGGGAACUGGAGUUAUGCGGCUGGAAUUGGGAACGAUCCGAGAGAGGAGAGGAAGUUUAAUGUUAUCAAGCAGGCGUGGGAUUAUGAUAAAAACGGAGACUACGUGCGGAUGUGGCUGCCAGAGCUGGAAGGUGUGGAUAAGGCGGUGGUGCAUACGCCGUGGAAGAGCGUGUUGCCGGCGAGUGUAUAUCCACGUCCGAUAGUGAUGGCGAAAGAGUGGGACAGGCAUUCUGGACGUGGAUUGGAGAAGAGAGGAGGAGAUGAAAGAAAAAAGGAGAAUAAGCCAAGAAUCAAGAAAUGA